AGAGAGCCCUGGGAGUUUAUUUAUUUAUUUUGUGAGAAGAGAAGUGAAAGAAGAGAGGAGAAUAACAGAAGAGAGACAGAAUCAGAUUCGACGAUGGGUGCAGGAACCGAAAACGUGCCACCAUUCAUCGGUGCACAACUGAGCCACCUCCUUUCUCACUCCCGUCUCACCCUCAAGAUCGACCAAUUGUGGUCUAGCGAUAAAUACAAUUCCGGAUUAAUCGAUCGUUUCACACUUCUCAUUCCUUAUUGCUUAGACUUUAUCAAAUGGGAUAUUAUAUUCGACGCGGAGUCUCCUAAUGUUGCACCUGAUGUUAUUUUCGGACCCGAAGAUGAACAUUUUCAUCCCUUUCAUAUGUCGCCACCUUCUGUUGAACCUAAUAAUAACAAUAAUAAUAGCUCUUUGUUAUCUGAUUGGAAUUACAAAGACCCGAAGUGUCUAUUGAAUUUUAUUCAAUUCUUGAGGGAUCAGUAUGUGUUGUAUCAAGCGAAGCGUGUUGGAGAAGUUGACGAUGAUCGGUUGAAAUUCGAAAUCAGUACUAUUGUUUCUAGGGAGGGACUAGAAAUGCAUAUGUGUUCUUUUGUUGACAAGUCAGAGGAGGUUAAAUUUGCUGUGCCCCUAUUGGACAUGAACAUAAACAAGAUGGUGUCUGGCUGUCCAUGGAGACAAUCGCAGAAGAUAUACUUACAAGUUGUAUAUCCUGUUGGGAGAAAAUAUAUGUCUGCACCUUCAGCUCCUCGCCUGAAGUUGGUAUCUUCUUCUGAGUUGAAAGCCCUAUAUUCCAUUGAUGAUGUCAAGCUGCCUCCUUGGUUGAAUGGGAUGUGCUUGGCAGAAUAUCUUCCAAAUCUAGAAGAAUAUCUUGAGAAACAGGUCCUUGAGGCUGUUUCGUUAAUUGAUGUUAGAAGGCAAUUCAUUGAAGCAUUAGCCGAUGAGUUAGGAAGGCCAGUUGAAGCUGAUCCUGUCUUUUGCAGAAAGGCAACUUUUCUAUCUGCUUCUGGAGUUCUUACAUUUCUGGUACACUUUGUUAUUCCAACUCAGUUUCCAAAGCAACAGCCAGUGAUUAUGCUUCAAAGUUCUCAGCAUUUUAAUGCGCAAAUGGCACCUCUCAAGUCACGUCCUAUGUCUGAUUAUCCAUGGAGCCCGAGAUGGGAACCAUCACUGAUGGCUGAACGAAUUUUUGAGUUUCUGGUAGACGAGGCCUUGAAUUUCAAGAGGCAAUGCAGUGAGGGUCAACUUCAGCUGUAACAUGUUCAGCUCAAUCCCCAACGUCGUGGCAAACUUGGUCUUUGAACAAUGUCAUGGUGGUUUCUAUCCGUUAAUACACUUGUUUUGUUGGGAGUUAAACAGAUUGUAGGAUAAAACUUUCUUAUCUUCGUGCACUUCUCGGAAUUUUUUGUAUCAUAUCGUGUAUGUUUGACCAAAAAAUUUACCAUGUGCAUAGAAGUAGGAGUUGUUGUAUUAUAAUUAUAAAAGAUAUUCAGCAUGGAAAACAUAACUUUUAGUAUUCGUUUUUAAAUUUUUGUCUCGCCCGGGCAAUGUUAUGCAGCUAAGGGUUCGCUAGUGGCUUUGCAAUGAGUUUGAAACAUUGUGGUACGACGAACAUGUCCGGGACCUGUUCUGCUCUAUUGUAAAGAAGUGGUGGGUAGCAAUCUUAUUCUUAAGAGAUGUAACGGAGUUAGUGUUGUCAUUUUUUAAUGUCGUAACUUUCUUUUUUAUAUAUUAUUUGGAGUUAAGUGAA